GUUAAGCUGUUUAAAUGGAACUUUCUUUGGGUAACCCAAAUCCAGGGCGGGCACUUCCUACCAAAACCUUUUCUCUCAGGCGUAGAAAUAGCCAAGGAAAGUCGGCAUUCCUUUUACACCUGCUGAGCAACAAGGAUCCGUUGUUAGAGAACUUGCAAUUCAAGCAGUAACAAUGGUGAAAGCGUUCAGAGUUUAUGAGCUCGGCGGACCAGAGGUCCUGAAGUGGGAGGAUGUUGAAAUAGGAGAGCCAAAGGAGGGUGAGAUUCGUGUGAAGAACAAGGCAAUAGGACUCAACUUUAUUGAUGUGUAUUGCCGUAAAGGAACUUUCAAACUUUCUGCAACGCCCUUCACUCCAGGUAUGGAGGCAGUUGGAGUGGUGACAGCCGUUGGCCCUGGAUUAACUGACAGGAAAGUUGGGGAUGUUGUUGCUUAUGCUGGUUUACCAAUGGGCUCAUACAGUGAAGAGCAGAUCCUUCCUGCCAAUGUGGCGGUGCCUGUUCCACCUUCUAUAGAUCCCAUUAUUGGAGCAUCUAUCAUGCUUAAGGGUAUGACAGCUCAGUUCCUUGUCCGACGGUGUUUCAAGGUUGAAUCUGGACACAAGGUCCUUAUUCACGCAGCAGCUGGUGGAGUUGGUUCUCUACUGUGCCAAUGGGCUAAUGCACUGGGUGCCACUGUUAUUGGAACUGUGUCAACUGAAGAAAAGGCAGCUCAAGCCAAGGAAGAUGGAUGUCACCAUGUCAUAAAUUACAAAAAUGAGGAUUUUGUUGAAGCUGUCAAGAAGAUAACACCAGAAGGAGUUCAUGUUGUCUAUGAUUCUGUGGGGAAAGAUACAUUCAAGGGAUCAUUGGCAUGUUUAAGGAGUCGGGGAUACAUGGUGAGCUUUGGGAUGGCAUCGGGUACACCAGACCCAGUUCCAUUGUCAGAUCUUGCGGCAAAAUCCUUGUUCUGGACGUGGGGCUCACUAUUCCAGUACGCUGAAACCCGCGAUGAAUUGCUGGAAACCGCUGAAGAUGUAUUUGCUAAUGUGGCAUCAGGUGUCCUACGUGUUCGUGUCAACCACAAAUACCCUUUGGCUCAGGCAGCACAGGCUCAUGCAGACCUUGAGAGCCGGAAGACAACUGGUUCUGUAGUGUUGAUACCAGAUGGUGCAGAGCUGUAAAUCAUACAAAUACAAACACUUCUGGCUUUGUUGAUAUGAAAUGAAAACAAGGAAUAAGAGAAGCCUGUAUAGAUCUU